AAAUAGAGUAAAUAAAGUAAAUAAACUCCAAAAAAAAUUAAUUUAUUUAAAUAAAUAAUGAAAAAUUAAUUUUAAUAAUAAAUAAAUAAAUUUGUAAAAAUUGUAAAAUUUGUUAUUGGUGUAAAAAAAUAAAAAAAUAGGAGCAAAAUGCUGCGGACAAGUGGAACUAUAAAUAAAAUGAUGAACAAUUUAAUAAUUAAUGAAUGGGUUGGAAUAAAUGCAAUUAAUUCACAAACAAUAAGAUGGUGGAAAAGAAAACCAAUGUGGUUGCCGCCGGCGAAAUCAAAGUUGUUUAGAAUAAACCCCAGGUUAAGGCUGCCACCGGAGGAAGCAAUUGAGAUAAGACGGCUUACUAAUACUUAUCAUACUCAGUGGAAAUCACUCAUAGGGUACUUCAUGAAAGUUGUCGAAGAAAACAAAGAACAGUUAGACGAAAAACUAAUAAGAAAAACCGAAGAAGAAGACUUCCAAAAAAGCAUGGAGAUAAACGACCAGUGGAAUAAGGUACAAGCUCAGAACCGCGAGGAGAGACGUCGUCGAGAAGAAGCUCUGCGCAAGAUAGAGAUUCUGAAGAAGGUUGACGCUAAAAAGACGCGUGAUGAAGGAAUUAUGAAUGAAGUUGAGACUAAGGUCAAGAAAUUAAAGGAACAGGCCAAGGCUUUUAUUACUGAGGAGAAUAUUGAUCAGGCUAUUGAGGAAGCUAUGGCUAAUCCUAUUAAUUAUAAUUAUGCUAUUGAUUCCGUGGGAAAUAAGUAUGAUAAGAGUAUUGUCGAGGAACAGAUCAAGCAAUCAGUGCAGCAGUAGUUUUUUAUGUAAUUUUGUUAUUAAUAAAUAUUAUUGAAAAAGAAAUAAAUAGAUUUUUAUUGGA